AUGGCCAGACUCGAGGAGGAUGACCCGAGGUUUGUCGAGUGGCGGGUCAAGUUGGGCUUGCUCCUCAAGCAAGAGCUCUCACUCAGCCCCCAAGAGGGUCUGCCUUGGUACAUUCACUUCCCCCGGGGAUACUGGCUCUACGAAAAGUCCAAACACCUCUGGGUGUCCGGCUAUCCUAUCAAAUCCAAGCUGUUCAAGAGCCCUCAGGAGUUUGGUGUGCAUCUGCUGUGGCUCCUCUCGGGCUCCAAGGACCAUAACGACUGUUGCUGCGUGCACUGCAUCGCCCCGAGGGUCGCCAACAUGGGCGACGAGCUCAGUGUCCAGGAGCCUGCUGCGGCAGUGGCAAGCACAAUACCGCCGCCGGCACCAGUGUCAGCACCAGUGUCAGCACCAGUGUCAGCACCUUUGGCUGGCGAAGCUGUCCAGAAGAGUAUCGCCAACGUCAAGGCCCCGAGCGCAACACCCACGCCAACGGCCACACCACCUCUGCGAGCGGUCCAGCCGCCUCCCGUGGCUACAUCUGCACCGUCAUUGACGCCCAUUCAAACCCCUGUGCCGGUGCCGGUCCAUGUCCCGGCACAUGCCCCGGCACAUGCCCCGGCACCUGUGCAAGCGCCAGCACCGGCGCCAGCCCCGGUGCCUCAACCUCCGCCGACCGUGUCCCUCAAGACGGAGUCGCCGGUGCCAGUUCCGAUCGUGCCCACGGUCAACACGCUGGUCCCCUUCAACCAAAACAUGUCCUCCCUCUUCUUCCGCACGGGGGAGAUGGUCUGGUACUCGGUGACCCCGAGCUGGCGUAUCGGCCUCAUUGCCAAGUCCAACCCUCAAACCAAGCAGGUGGACAUUCUCCCCAUCUCGCACGCCCUCUUCGACAAUAUGCAGCUUCAGGCCAAACCGGAGACGGGCCUGCGCCCGUUCCUUGCCUUCACAGUACCGCCCGUCAGCCAGCAGAGCCUCGGCACGCAUCCGUUCGACGAGGUCCCCUGGGCCGACCACAUCGCCGCCCUCCAAACCGACCCCUCCAAACGCGAACCCCUUCUCCUCGACGCGUCCAAGCUCGCCGCCGUCAAAAUUUCCAUGUCCUUCUCUCUCUUCUCCAAACUCCCCACUUCGUCAGACAGCCGCAAGGUCAAUUACCAGGGCGCCUUCCUCGGCGCCGAGCGCAUCGAAGUCGGCGACACGCUCCGCAUCCGCGCCUCCCCCGACAUCAACAUCGCCCCCGACUGGCUCGAGCUCCUCGCGCAAGGCGGCGCCCUCCUCGGCCUCCGCGAGAUCUGCACCGCCGCCGACAACCCGGGCACCGUCUUCUUCAAGGGCGACCUCUACGCGCCGCUGUCGACCGACGCGCCGGGCCCGCCGUCGGCGUCCGCCGUGACCCCGUCCUCGGACGUGCCGGAGACGAAGCUGCCGCGCGCCCUCCGCGAGGAGAUGCUCUUCCGCGCCAAGGCCGCCCCGGCGUCGCGCUGGCGCCUGCACCUCCUCCGCCGCGACAUUGUCCUCCGCGAGCCCGACGUCCGCGGCCGCUUUUACCCGUCCGCCCGCCUGCUCCCCGUCCUCAUGUCCCACGACACGGCCGGGCCUGCAGCGCGAGCUCCAGCAGGCGUCGUCCGCGACUCGGCUCGCUUCCUCAACCAGAGAUGGACACGUUCCGCGAGGCUACAUCGGCGCAAGCGCAGCCAUGCUAUUGGCAGAUGCUGUACUCCGCCAUGA